ACAGGCAAAAUCACGUCUAGAUCCACUGAGAGUCGACUGCAGAUAAACCCACAAGAAGCAGCAACAUCACUUCGGUUCGACUCUCUGCUCUUUAAUGAUGGAUAGCAACACGCCAGAGGAGUGUAUAGUGUGUUGUCACAAUUAUGAUGAAGAACUACGACGACCACGUACUCUGCCGUGUGGACAUACAUUCUGCUCAAAAUGUAUUAAAAAUACAAUAAAAAAUGGUUGGCUCAUCUGCCCCAACUGCCGUGCUGAGCACAGGGCCUCAGCUGCUACUCAGUUCCCAGUCUGCUACAUUGUGGAAACCUUGAUACAGAAACUCAGAGAUACCCAUCUCACAUCAGUGGGUGCAAUGUCAGCAAGUCCUGACAACACAAAUGGCAUCAGUAAGAAGUUACAGGAACAAAGUAGAAGUAUCAGUAACCUUAUAAGUGAGUGUGAAGAUGUACUCUCCCAGUUGGUAGAGUACCAGAGGCAGGUGUGGGAGUGGAAGACCCAGCACCACCAACUGCAGAACAGACUCCGUGAUCUGCUGGAAGAGAUUAUGUCAGCAAUAGAGCUUCUGGAGGAGGAGGAGGAUAAUGUGGUAAAUAUAACAACAGAAGGAGAGGCAGGAAAGCAGCAGCUGCAGACCGUUCUGGAGUCCCUUGACACUGCACAGGAGGCUGUCACAACCAUUAAUCACAGUAAAGAUUGGAUCCGGAAGUGUCAGAAACUCUUCCCAAGAGUCAGCACUGUCUACACUUCAGUGAAGGUGCAGAAGACCAGGUUGGCUCUGGACAUAUCCAGAGAGCCAGGUGCCACAGCUCUUCCUGUCCUUAUGGAAACCGCAGGUUCAACCAUCAUGGAAAGGGUUCACAGAAUAACUAGUGAAAUCACGAUAGAAGAAAUUACUACUGCCGCAGGUGCUACAGCUGCCGCAGGUGCUACAGCUGCCGCAGGUGCUACAGCUGCCGCAGGUGCUACAGCUGCCUCAGGUGCUACAGCUGCCUCAGGUGCUACAGCUGCUUCAGGUGCUACAGCUGCCACAGGUGCUACAGCUGCCGCAGGUGCUACAGCUGCCAAAAGGUGCUACAGCUGCCGCAGGUGCUACAGCUGCCGCAGGUGCUACAGCUGCCGCAGGUGCUACAGCUGCCGCAGGUGCUACAGCUGCCACAGUGCUACAGCUGCCGCAGGUGCUACAGCUGCCGCAGGUGCUACAGCUGCCGCAGGUGCCUCUAUCCACCUGGUAGACAGAACCACCAACACCUUAGAGAUAGCUAAGAGAAUUACUGUAAGUUGAAAGUUCUUCUGAGUUUUAUUAACGUAAUACAGAACUAAUGAUAAUAACGUCAUAACGAUAAUAUUCCUUAUUAAAAACUAUGUAAUCUUUUAUACCUUAAAUUGGGUAAAACUGCUCCCUAUGCUUUUUAUAUGAAACGGAUCACUGUUGUGUCAGGGCCCUUGAAAGUAAUUUUAUAUGUAACGGAUCACUGUUGUGUCAGGGCCCUUGAAAGUAAUUUUAUGUGUAACGGAUCACUGUUGUGUCAGGGCCCUUGAAAGUAAUUUUAUAUGUAACGGAUCACAAAAUAACAAAAAGGCACAAUACCGUGACUGGAACGAUACAUAAAUAACCCGCACAUAAAAGAGAGAAGCUUACGACGACGUUUCGGUCCGACUUGGACCGACUUGUGACUUUGUCAAUGGUCCAAAUCGGACCGAAACGUAGUCGUAAGCUUCUCUCUUUUAUGUGUGUAACGGAUCACUGUUGUGUCAGGGCCCUUGAAAGUAAUUUGAACCUUACCUUCUGUUAUCGCAAAUUAAAAUAAAAAGUAUA